AAAAGAAAUGAUGCUGCAUAACCUCUGAAAAUGACGACAGCUGAGGCAAAGCGUUUGAAAGAAGAUAAAUUACGAGCAAAAAACUGGAAAAGAUGGGGUCCAUACCUAUCAGAGCGUCAGUGGGGCACUGUCAGGGAGGAUUACUCUGCUGAUGGAGAUUGUUGGAAUUAUUUUCCACAUGAAGAGGCCAGAUCUAGGGCCUAUCGAUGGGGUGAGGAUGGACUAAUGGGUAUUUGUGAUAGAGAAGGAAGAUUAUGUUUAUCUUUGGCGCUGUGGAACACCAAAGAUGCAAUUCUAAAAGAGAGACUGUUUGGAUUGACAAGUCAGCAGGGAAACCAUGGUGAAGAUGUAAAAGAGCUGUAUUAUUAUUUAGACAAUACUCCAUCCCAUACUUACAUGAAAUGUCUGUACAAGUAUCCUCAGGGGGAAUUCCCAUACACACAGUUGGUGGAGGAGAAUGGUAGGAGAGGAGUACAUCAACAAGAAUAUGAGUUAAUGGAUACUGGUAUAUUUGACAAUAACCGGUAUUUUGAUGUAACAGCAGAGUUCUGUAAAGCCAGUCCAAAUGAUCUCCUAGGGAAAUAUACCGUGGUCAACAGGGGACCAGAUCCAGCUAUAAUACAUGUUCUCCCUCAGAUAUGGUUCAGAAAUGUUUGGUCCUGGGGAGAGGCAAGCUAUUGUUGUCCUACGAAGAAACCCUAUCUGAAACAAGUAGGACAUAACAAGGUUCUAUGCUAUCAUCCAACUCUAGGUAUAUGUCAGUCACGUCAGCGUGUCCUUAGUUCAGGAGAUGAUGUCAUAGAAGAAGAUGCUGAGCGAACAACAUGUCCAUUUUACUUUGAAGUUGACAUUGGUCCAGAGAAUCACCCAGCACAACUGAUAUUUACAGAGAAUGAUACAAAUUAUAAAAAGCUGUAUGGAACAGGGAAUCAGUCACCUUAUGUAAAAGAUGCUUUCCAUGAAUAUAUAGUAAAGGGUAAUGUGAAAGCUGUGAAUCCACAGCACAUUGGCACCAAGUGUGGAGCACACUACAGCGUAUUUUUGAAUCCAGGCCAAAAAGCCCAAAUAAGGAUCCGACUGUAUUAUGAGAAAGAAGCUCCACCUGAGGCCUUUGGUACAAGAGAUUUUGACUUUAUAUUCCAGCAGAGGAAGUUAGAGGCUGAUCUGUUCUAUGAUGAUGUGAUAAAGAAUCAUCAUAAACACGAAAAAAACAUCAUUCGACAAGCAUAUGCUGGUUUACUAUGGAGUAAACAGUUCUACUAUUACGUGGUGGAGGAAUGGCUACGAGGGGAUAAAGGUCACCCACCACCACCUUUUUGUCGAAGAGAGGGGAGGAAUGCGGAAUGGGGUCAUCUUUUCAACAGGGAUGUCAUCUCAAUGCCAGAUAAAUGGGAAUACCCAUGGUAUGCAGCAUGGGACCUAGCAUUCCAUAUGAUUCCCAUGGCUCAUGUAGAUAUACAAUAUGCCAAAGAACAGCUGUUGCUAAUGAUGAGAGAAUGGUACAUGCAUCCUAAUGGACAGAUCCCAGCUUACGAGUUUGCUUUUGAUGAUGUGAAUCCACCUGUCCAUUGUUAUGCUGUAUUAAAAGUUUACAAGGCAUCAGGACCCAAAGGAAAAAGAGAUUUAGUCUUCCUUGCCAGAUGUUUUCAUAAACUGGUUCUUAAUUUUACAUGGUGGAUAAAUAGAAAGGAUAUUGAUGGUAAGAACAUCUUCUCUGGAGGCUUUCUGGGUCUGGACAACAUUGGAGUGUUUGACAGAUCUAAACCAUUAGACUGUGGUGGCAAGAUUGCCCAGGCUGAUGCCACAGCAUGGGUGGCAUUCUUCUGUCUAAUCAUGCUGGAGAUUAGUCUCAUCCUGGCCAAGAGGGAUCAUGUCUAUGAAGAUAUGGCCAGCAAAUUUUUCGAACAUUUUGUGGCCAUUGUUGAUGCCAUCAACAAAAAGGAUGGGAUAGGUCUAUGGGAUGAGAAGGAUGGGUUUUACUAUGACCACUUACACACUAACAAUCAUACCUGUCCAAUGAAGAUCCUGUCCAUGGUUGGACUGGUUCCUUUAUUCUCCUGUACGGUUCUCAGGGAGGAUACCAUGAAACAAUUCCCAGGAUUUUAUAAAAGAACGAAAUGGUUUCUGGAAAACAGAAAAGAUUUGUCUAAAACGAUAUCAUUUAUGUGUGGCAGAGAGAAAAAGCCAAACCCAACUUUGUUACUGGCCAUUGUUAACAAAGAAAAGCUACAAAAAGUUCUCCAGCAUCUUCUGAAUGAGAAAGAGUUUCUGUCACCUUAUGGUAUUAGAUCUUUGUCAAAGCACCACAAAGAACAACCCUUUGUACUGGACGACAACACAGCUAGGGUUGGGUAUGAACCUGGAGAGUCUGAAAGUAAACUGUUUGGUGGUAACAGUAACUGGAGAGGACCUAUCUGGUUCCCAAUGAAUUACCUGAUUAUAGAGAACCUAUUCAGAUAUGACUACUAUUAUGGUGAAAGUUUGAAAGUGGAAUGUCCAACAGGUUCAGGAAAUCUAAUGAGAUUAAGUGAUGUAGCCAAAGAGUUAUCCCAUCGGUUAGCUGACAUAUUCCUACCCGACCUUACAGGACAUCGACCCUGUCAUGGAACCAGUGAGAAGUAUGACAAUGAUCCCUACUUCAAAGAUCUGAUUUUAUUUUACGAGUUUUUCCAUGGGGACACAGGUAGAGGAUGUGGAGCAAGCCAUCAGACAGGAUGGACAGCACUGAUAUCUAACACAAUGAAGUACAUACACAAAUGGACACUAGAGAAUGAUAGUGAUAUGAGUGAUAAUGAGGAAAGCUUUAGACCCAGGCUACAUACACAUUAGGUGGAACAAGGGGACAGUAUUACAGUAUACCCAGGCUACAUACGCAUUAGGUGGGACAACAGGACAGUAUUACACUAUUACAGUAUUAGAAUUCUCUCAGGUUGAACAAGAGAAACAACAAAUGGGUAAAAGACAAUCAGACAUUUGAUCUUGCUUGUUUUUAUUAUUAGACAAUGUUUAAGAGUUACAUCUAGAAUCUAGAAGUGUAUGGCGAAAGGGGCAGGACUUAUAUUUUAUCAAAAUUUGUUAUUGUUAAAUGGCAGGAACUUAUAUUUGAUUGACAUUUUUAAUGGUUUAAGGGGGAAUUUUUUAUUUGAUUGACAUUUUUAAUGGUUUAAGGGGAGGAACUUACAUUUGAUGAACUUUUUUAUUGGUUAAAAGGGAAGGAACUUUUUUUAUGGUAAGAGGAGAGGGACAUUUUUGAAAACUGUUUUUGAAAAAGAGGAUAAUAUAUUUGUUAGACUUUAUUGUAUCUGCAUAUUAUAGUUUAGCUAUUUGAAACUAUAAUUAGAUUUUGUAUUUGAUUGGACAUCUGUUGAAUUGCAUGCUUGCUGGAGACAUUAUUAACUUACAUUAUGAGACGCUUCUAUUUGAUUUACAUAUUUGGGUUUUUCUAUCGGUAUAUUAU